GCGGGCACACUGGCACAGCGAGCAUUUUGUAUUUUUUAAUAUUAGGUUAAACAGCUUACAAUGCAAGCGAUCUGGCUGGGAAUGCCUGGGUUAGUCCUGCUCCUUUCCAUCGCAGCACUUCUGCUGGGCGUCCAGGAUGCGGAGGCCUACGACAAGGAGAUGACGGUCUACGUGGACGCCGGCAAAACAGAGUGCCUAUACCACUCGGUGCGCCAGGGCGAGACCAUUGACUUUGAGUACCAGGUAAUCGAUGGCGGUCACGGUGACCUGGACAUCAGCUUCACCCUGCUGGACCCCAUUGGCCUGGUGAUAGUCAGUGACUUUAAGAAACCGGAGAACGUCCAUCGCCACGAGGUGGCCAAGGAGGGCGACUAUCGGUUUUGCUUCGACAAUAGUUUCAGCAUGUUCAAUCGCAAGACAGUGUUCUUCGAGCUGAUUGUGGAACGCGAGGGCGAGGAGCUACAGGGUGACACGCAGUGGAACGAGGCGGACGAGCUAACUGGUCUCUCGCGGGACGAGUAUUACGAUAUGAAGGUGCAGGACAUUAUGGACUUCAUUGGACGCAUUCGUCUGCAGCUGACCAAGGCCCGCCAGUUGCAGGAUGUGCUCCGUUCGCACGAGGCACGCGAUCGCAAUCUGGCCGAGUCCAAUUUCCAGAAGGUCAACCACUGGUCUAUGGUGCAGAUAAGCGCCAUGAUCGGUGUGGGUCUCAUCCAGGUGUUCAUGCUGCGCAGCAUCUUUGCCACCGGCGGACGGAUGCACAAUUUGUGGCGCAAAUUGGGCAUUUGAUGGGUCGGUCCUGUGUGCGGUGACGAGGAGAAGCCUCUACCAAAGAUGUGUGUCCCAGAGCAACGAGGAUGCAUUUGCAUCGGCAUCCGGCAGCUGGAUCCUCCCCAACUAGUUAGAAUGUAAUUUAUAAAAAAAAAACCACUUGCCAUCAUCAGUAGUUCGUUAGUAUCAAUGCAUAUACGAUUAUAUAUCAUACAUUAUGUAGUCAGGAGAGAUAUAGUAUUCCGCAUAUUUAUAGAUAUGCGGGUGUGUGCUUGUGAUAUACGGGGUGUGUUGUGUGUGCGCGCAUGUUCGUUGCAUUGUUAAACGAAAGCAAUUGUACGAUUAAUGCAGAUAAGUUUGAUUUUAAGAUUAAAAGUGCAGAAAUUUUGUGAAUAAAAGGUUCUUAGUUCUUUAAUAAUUCUGCUGGAAUGGAAGCGAUUUUAAAGGGUUUACUCUAAGCUAAUAAAACUAAUUGGUUGAAAGACUUCCUGUAUGAAUAUCUCACCCAAAAGGCAAAAACGACAUAUCCAGCUAUCUCAUAGUUGUAAAAUGUUUUUAAAAUUGCCAAUUGUUUAGAUAAUGAAUACUUGUUGAUAACCAAACGCCAUUGUAUUCCCAUUACCUAUGGUGAGGUGAACACAAAAAUUACAUUUCGAACUACACUGACAAUUGGAAUCUAUGCAAUCUAUUUAAUUGGAUUAUAUUGUAAAGUCUGGCGCGAACAUCAGUUGUAUUUUUUAAAUAUUUUAGAACUUAUUGAAG